GGUGCCGCUUCUCAUUCGAAUGCUGUAAUUUUAUCUAAACCGCCGAUCCCAGCUAAGUAACUCAUGCAAAGAGUUAAAGCGCAAUUAUGUGUUUUAUCUCCAGUACUCUGCCAUGAUUGUCAGUUAUGUGGCUGCUCUACUGAUAAUCUCAGUGCGUCCUUGCUGGGAUGACACAAUCAGUCUACUACCGGAGAAUAUCAACACCAAACACAUUGGUUCACCGUUCCACGGGAGCGGACAGUACACAGCAUACCAUAAUGUUCUGAAUAAUGGCCAAGUCUACCUCGCUCCUUAUUCUACUGAACCGCUUAGGCGUAACAAACACAAGUCCAACAUUUAUCGGAAACUGUUAAACUACCUGUUCACUACCCUCCUGCUCUCCGGGGAUGUACAACUCAAUCCUGGGCCCAAUAUCACCGAGCCAGUGAUACGCACCGGAGUGGAGAGCGGUGGAUGGCCUCGUCCACUGGUCGUCGCCGCUGUGGAGGUGGGAUCAGUCUGAAGAAGAUGCCCUCCAUAAGAGAGACUCUGCAUGAGAUAGGCGUGUCCCCUGCCCAGUUCUUUGCUGAAUUGGCCCAGAAAAGCAAAGAUGACCCCUCCACCAGCAACGGCACCACCCCCACCCCCCUCACCAACUACCUGGAUGCCCAGUAUUAUGGGGAGAUCAGUAUUGGUUCUCCUGCUCAGAUGUUCAAUGUGGUGUUUGAUACAGGCUCAGCCAACCUGUGGGUGCCCUCUUACAACUGUUCCCCUCUCUAUACUGCCUGCUUUACCCACAACAGAUAUGAUGCCUCCAAAUCCCGAACACACAUAGAGAACGGGACAGGUUUCUCCAUCCAGUAUGCCUCUGGAAACGUCAGAGGGUUCCUGAGUGAGGAUGUGGUUGUGGUGGGUGGCAUCCCAGUGGUCCAAGUAUUUGCUGAGGUUACAGCCCUGCCUGCCAUCCCCUUCAUCUUUGCCAAGUUUGAUGGGGUCCUGGGGAUGGGCUACCCCAUCGUGGCCAUCGACGGCAUCACCCCCGUGUUCGACCGCAUUAUGUCCCAGCACGUCCUCAAGGAGGACGUCUUCUCUGUCUAUUACAGCAAAGACCCAAUGCACAAACCAGGUGGAGAGCUAGUGCUGGGAGGGACAGACCCAGACUACUACACUGGUACCUUCAACUACAUGGGCACCCGUGAGGCAGGAAAAUGGGAGGUCAACAUGAAAGGGGUGUCUGUGGGGGAGGAGAUGCUGUUCUGUAAGGAGGGCUGCAUGGCUGUGAUUGACACAGGCUCCUCCUACAUUACAGGCCCUGCCUCUUCUGUGGCUGUACUGAUGAAGACCAUUGGAGCCACAGAGCUGGCAGAGGGAGGGUACACUGUGAACUGUGACCUGGUAAAGUCCUUACCCAGUGUCACCUUCCACCUGGGAGGCCAUGAGUACUCACUCACUGAAGGAGACUACAUCUUAUGGCAAUCUCAGUUUGGAGAGGACAUAUGUAGCGUGACUUUUAGGGGUUUGGAUGUGCCGCCCCCUACUGGCCCUAUCUGGAUCCUGGGAGCCAACUUCAUCGCCCGCUACUACACAGAGUUUGACCGUCGCAACAACCGCAUAGGCUUCGCCACAGCAGUCUGACAGGAUUCGUAGCCACCAAGCUUUCACUCUCUCUUGCUCUUACUCUUUUUUUUACUCGCUUUGUCUUUGUUACUGUCUUUUUCUAUCAGCCUCUAUUUCUCCCUUACACUCUAACUAUAUCAUUCAGUUUUUCUUUCUCUCUUUUUCUGUGACUCUUUGUCACAGAGCCUGCCCUCUUGUCCAUAUAUUUUUUACAGUUCUUGCAUUCUGCCAUGUCAAGUAAUAAUUUUGAUUUCAAUCUGUGUUUUGCACUCUUCUACAUAAUUGUUUUUAGUUGACGAUAAUUGACGUGCUGAUACCAACACUGGACUUAUGUUGUGUUAUAUACUGUAUCACAUGGCAUGCUGACUUCACACAGUAUCACAUUGCAGCACAAAUCCUCACUUAAUAACACCAUGUCCGACCUCAUAUCUGCAUUGUCAUGACGUAACACGAAUAAAGCUUGUUUAAUGGGAAA